AUGGCUCAAGAUCUUAUGAGCCAAUUUUAUACAUGUUUCAAUUUGCCAUUGCAAGAAAGGUUAUUGGAGCUUACGAGAAUAGUAGACCAAACUGGCCCAAAUAAAGAUUUACAAUCACUAUUUCCACAACUCAUAAAUAACAUAUUUGCCCCAUCAUUUAAUAAUGGAUGGGGUUUAAAAACAGUUACAGUUGAUGGAAACAAAAAUCUAUAUGAUAUGUUAUUAGCUUUUUUAGAACCUCAAGGACCAAUGUUUCAACUGUGUUAUAAAUUGUUGUCAGACCAACAGUUGAAAUAUAAUUUGCCACUUAAUGUACUUCCGUUAGAUUUGCAAAUGACUUUAGAAAGAGGAAGGUGCCCUCAGUUUUAUGCAGAUUUGUUAACUGUGGAUUCUCAAUCUUUAAACAUUGUUGGCCUCACCCUAAAUCCAUUUGAUUACUACAUAUUUAACUUUGCUUUACAUUUGGUAAAUAAUUGCCAAUAUAAGAGUUCAUGGGAGAAUUGGAAUAGUGUAUAUUUUGCUCUGGCAUGUGAUUACUUAAUGCAUUUUUUACCAACUGAUCCAAAUGUACCUGUAUUGCCACAUAUACCCCACUAUACUGGAAAAAUGCCGAUGGUUGCUCCUUUACAAACUGUAAACAGGCCACUUUCACAAUCUCUUUUGCUAAUACCCGACCUAUCAGGUAUUAGUAACCAGCAUAGUGCUUCCCAGACACAAACUAGAAAUGAGGUUUGGCGUUCAGAAACUGUUUUGCAAGUUUUUAUAGACAUAUGGAUAAGUAUUGAACAGACUACUUCCGGAAAUAUUGAUCGAAAUUACCCUACCAUAUCUUCAAGUCCCGAAAGAGUAAGAACGGUUCGCGUUCUUGUUAAACACAUUCAUUCAUUUUCGGCGAAAUACCUUUCGGAUCCUGCCACUCGCUCAUCGGCGCUUCGAAAGUACGCGCGACAGAUUAUGUGCGCAAGGGCAUAUCAUUAUCUAAAACAUUUAGUAACAACAUGGCCUUUGGACGCGUCAUUCAGAUUAGUAAUGGAAUUGUGGCUAAGUUUAAUUCAACCAUGGAGGUAUACCAAUGACACAAUUAGUCAGGAAAGAAAUCAAAUCCAGGAAGAAGCCAACUCAAACUCUUUAGAUGCAAGCUAUACAUCAUUUAUUGCGGAGAAUUUUCCUUCUUAUACCUGUAUAUUCCAAUUAGUAUUACCAAGAUUUAUGUGGCUUGAUUUGACUACAUAUAAAAAUGCUGUAAUGCUGUUUCGUCUAGGAAAGGUAUUUUCCCAGCAGCACCUUGUCCCCAUCCUUUGGAAUUUGGAACGGGCAAUCACUGACACAGCUUCAGGCUUACAUCAUAGUGCUGAAAAUAAUUACAAUAACAAUUCUACAUUAGAUCAAAGCUACACUUAUAAUGGUAUUGCUUUAUAUAAGUGGGUAACCAUUGCAAAACAAGCACUAUCAGAACUCAACCUAUCGGCCAAUUUUGAAUACAAUCCCAUUUGGACUGAAAAUAGGAAAACUUUAGCAAUGGAAUUUGUUAAAAAGAUUCAUACAGCAAAAAUAGCUGCUGAAAAGAAUGUUGAAGAACUUGAUAAAAAACUUAAUUGUCAAAAUCCAGGUAUUUGGACUAUGAUAAAACAAUGGUUGUUAAUAGCAAACAACGAUGAAGAUAUACUUGUUUUUGAAGAAUUAAAAAAAGUACCAGCCUAUCUCAAUAACAGCAUUCACUAUUUUUGUCAUAUUUUUGGGUUAAACGAAAAUAUGCUGAUAACACCAGAAAUGGAUGUUGAAGAGGUAUCUCAAGAAACCUCUUCAUUUGCAAAUUCAUCCAAUUUCGCUCUUUCAAUUACAAAUAAGUUAAGAAGUAAGGCGACGACCGUCCACUACAUGGGAGAUCCAGAUCUAAUGCCUAUUGGUAGUUAUGAAAAUACUAUUCUUGUGAGAAUGUUUUACCAAAUAGCAUCGAGGUUAAAUGAAAUUUAUGGCCAAGAGUUUUCUACAUUAUGGAAUCGAAAUGAUUUUUGGGGUUACGUCUGGCGGGAAAUUUUACAAAAACCCUGUACAAUACAUACUUAUACGAAAAAUGUAACGAAUCAUAAUAAUAUUAAGGAUAGACUGGAUAAAGAAAGAUUGACGACCCGAAUGGCGUUGUGGGUAGUGUACCUGCCUCCUGCGCCAGAGGGUGUGGGUUCGAUCCCCACUACUGGA